AUGGCUACUCGUUGUAUUCCAAGAUACCGCUGCAAUAGUCAGUUUUCCGGAUGGAUCAGUGGCUCUAAUCCAAGUGUAGCUGACGGGAAAGUCACUAGAACAGCAUGCAUGCAUUCUAGCUCAGGCUGCUGUACUUAUUCUUCUUCGGUUGAAAUACGGAACUGCAGUGGAUUCUAUGUUUAUAACUUACCGCCAACUAGUACAUGUUAUUCACGGUACUGCGGCGUUAACAGUGAAAACGACGCAUGUUUAGCGACAGAGGGCUCAACGGAAUGUUCCUGUCCAACAGGAUAUCAAGGCACUCCAUGCCAAGACAUUGAUGAAUGUGGGCAAGGUACGCAUAACUGUCACUCAGAGUCAAUAUGUGCCAAUACUCCUGGAUCCUUUACCUGUGCUUGCAAGGAUGGUUAUACUGGUGAUGGUGUAUCUUGUAGUGACAUCGACGAAUGCACAAAUGGUGUUCAUGACUGUCACCAAGAUGCAGAUUGUGAAAACACAGCUGGUUCCUUUACUUGUAGCUGUGAAGAUGGAUUCGCAGGGGAUGGUCGUCAAUGCACAGAUGUGAAUGAAUGUACAGAUGCCUCGCACAACUGUCACGCCAAAGCAAAUUGUUCCAACACUAAAGGUUCUUUCCUCUGUGCGUGCAUUCCAGGAUAUUCAGGAAAUGGUAUUACGUGUACUGAUAUUGAUGAAUGUGCUACAGCAACUCAUAAUUGUCAUGGUGUAGCUCACUGUUACAAUAAUGAGGGAUCCUUCACCUGCAAGUGUAGGACUGAUUACCAUGGAGACGGGGUCUUAUGUGAGCCCUUAGGAGAUUUCUCAAUAACUAUUAGAAACAUAUCCAAGGACAAAUAUUUGCCAACUACCGUCAAGCGGUCUGAAAAAAGUAUUCAGCAGGCAAUCAUUAAAGAUCUUCCAGAUAAACCUGUCUUGGAAAGCGUUAUGGAAUGGCAUUUAAUCAGUGAAGAGGAGUUAGCAGCCUCUGAAUCACCAGUGGGAACCUUACUUAGUCAAGGAACUACGCAGUGGACCAUAAAUAGGCGAUCCGUACCUUCUGGAAUCUAUCAAGUAAAGUUUACUGCGUCUAUUAAAGUCGGUGAUUCAGUAUCCUCAGGAACUCUCAAGGCUUUUGAUUACGGCUUUAUCAGAGUUAUUCCAGCUCCUUUGCGAGCCAUAAUCGAUGGGGGAAGCAGCGUUCUUUGGGGUUCUAAAGACACUGUUACUGUGGAUGGAUCCCUAAGCUAUGAUGUAGAUGUUGGUCCUGGAAAUUAUAGUGGGCUGACAUUUACCUGGUCCUGUUAUCAUGUUGGAGAUAAUAAAUCCUCCAGCGACAAUUGCUUUGGUUCUUUUAAGGGUGAUGUAACUCUGACAUCCAUAGGCAUUAUCCCUAGAGGGCUUGAAAUUAGAAAACUAUACGUUCUCAGGCUAACAGUGUCCAAGGAUGAGAGAAGUAAUUUCGCCGAAAUUGUUUUUGAGAUAGCAGCUGGUGAGAUACCUCAAGUUAGCUUGAGGUGUUUCGUAGAUUGUGGUAAAAUAGUGUCUGCUUCGAACAAGUUUCGAGUGACAUCAGAGUGUGUUAAUUAUCCCUGUAUUGGUUCAGAGUACAUAUGGCAAUUAAUGAAGUUGAAUGAUGAUUUAAAACAACUGGAGCUCAUAGCUAUUCUACCCAAUAUGACAUCGACUGCGAUCAAUGCAACCAGCAUGAUUAUCAAAAGGAACUCCUUGCAGUCAAGCUCAAAAUACGCCCUGAACUUAACUGUAAUACCCCCCGGUGGGACAGCAGGAUUUGCAGUGCUCGAGUUUGAGACAGCUGGGCAGCCCCAUAGUGGCUACUGCGUGCCAUCGGCCGUUGUAGGUUUCUCUUUGGAAACAAAAUUUUCAUUUGAAUGCUUUGAAUGGCAAGAUAAAAGUACACCACUAUCUUACGAAUUUCGCCUUGGAGAAGAGCCAAUAUCGUAUGGCACCUCUGCAAAAUCUGUCUCGACAGUCUUGCCCUCUGGAUCACCGGAAAACAAUUAUCAGCUCUCCAUUAAAGUUAUUAUCAAGAAUGCUGUUGGUGUGGCUGUUACGGAGAAGCUCUCCGUGAAGGUGAUGCCAUCGUCCCAACUCGAUCCUUGCCGUUCAUCAGUAGAAGAAGUUUCUAACAAGUUGAAAAGUUUUGUCAUCGGGGAUGACAGUGACUUGGAUGGAUUACUGAAGAAGGGUGAAAUAGGUCAAGCCACCCAGCUUGCUAUUACUGUCCUCCAAUCAGCUAAUGAGGAAACAGAGUGUGGGCAAACGCUAAGCCAAGAUACCAAAACACUAAUUUCAAGUACGUUGGUGGAAAAGUUCACCUCCAUAAAGCCGGAGGACCUUCAGAUGUCUAGAACUGUAAUGAGUGUUGUCAAACUAGCAGGUGGUAACCAAGAAACUCAAUCUUGCAAUGACUGCGGAAACUCCGCGGAUGAAACCAUGAAAUUAACGGACGUCACAACGGAAUUACUUAAGUCUUCCCUUAAUGACAUAGAAGAGCCAUUUUCUGAUGAACUGGAAGAAUCGGCCGCAAGUAUCACCGCUUGUCUGAAAAAUGUUCUAAAGUCUGCCUCAGGCUCAGGCAAAGAAAGUGGAGAUUCAAGGAAGAACACCGGAUCUGAGAAGGAACGUGUGAAGCAAGCUGCUGAGAAAUUAGACGCUAUGAACGAUGCAUUUUUCGCCCGCCUGGUUCCGUCCGAAAAUCUUGUCCUUAAGUCGCCUGGCUUGACAUCGUCUCUUAAGAAAGUAUCCGCUGACGGUAUAAAGGGUCUUAAUAUGGAAGAUGGACCAACUAAAUUUAAACUACCUGGAAACCUGGGAAAUAUGGCCGAUGGAAAUAUUAAUGCAAAGAUGAAAGCUGCUGACUUUAAUCCGUUCACUUGGGACAACAGCAGCAAGAAAGUCCAAUCCAAUGUCAUUAGCCUCGAACUUCAAACGGAAAAUGCGACAAAACUGAAUGUUUCAAACCUCGAUAACGACAUUGAAAUAGUUAUACCUAUUUCCACCUCACCUUCAAAUACGAGCAACGGAACAGAGCAUUAUUUUCUAAAGCCAAACAAAUUGACUAUGAGGAGCUAUUAUGCAGACCUUGCGGAUGUACCUGUUUCCAUCAGGCUGGGUGUGGCAGGCAAGGAAACAUUAGUUAAUAUGUUUGUGAAAUUUGGCUCAAGACCUACCACAGAGGACUCUGACCUCAACUUCACAGUAAAGUUCACGUCCAAGUGCAGAAAUGUGACGACGAGCGAGGCCGACGAAACUUCGUGCAUUCCAGAAGAGAGAAUCAUUACCGUACUUCCUACUGAACCAGGUCACAUUUAUUUAGGUUUAUUGUUAGAAGAAUCUAAAAAUGCAAGUAAACAUACCAGAGAGAGACGGUCAUGCUUUGGUCAUGGUCGCCAGAGACGAUCAUGCGUUGGCGUCAAAGAUCCACCUCCGAAAGGGAUCCUUCAGACGAUUGUACCUCGAUAUAACCCACAUACUGAUGUCAACUAUACGUUAACUAUAACCCAGUCAAGCUGUUUGUAUUGGUCUGAAGAGGAGGAAAAGUGGACAUCCGAUGGUUGCAAGGUCGGCCUGGGCUCUAACACCACACAUCUAAAAUGCCUCUGCAACCAUCUGACGUCUUUCGGCGGAAACUUCAUUCAAGCGCCCAAUCCCAUAGACUUCGACAAAGUUUUCACUGAGUUUGCUCGACUAAGCGAGUCGGGCAACAUUUCAGUGCUCGUGACAAUUGCAUGUGCGUUUCUUAUUUACUUUUUUGCGCUUAUAUUUGCAAGGAGGGCUGACAAAAGAGAUGAAAGCAAGGUAUGCAUUAAAAUAAAUCUUGUGGAAGAAGGAGCAUACUACUAUGACAUGGUUAUCAGCACUGGCGUUUGGAAAGAUUCAGCAACAACGGCAAACGUAACGAUGAGCAUAAAAGGAGAAAACGAUGAACAUGAUCUCAUCACUCUUCAAAAAAAUGGUGAUUUAGAGGACAUUUUUAGUAGAGGAGGUAUAAAUAGUUUUGUUUUGGUCACAAACGAGUCAUUAGGAAAUCUAAACGAAAUAACUUUGGAGCACGAUAAUUCGGGAGAAAAUCCAUCUUGGUUUGUAGAAACAGUGGUAAUAAGAGACAGACAAACAGAAGAACGCUGGGUGUUCUCCGUUAAUAGAUGGCUUGCACUAGAAAAGGACGAUGGACAGAUAGAAAUUAAUGUGAAAAACGAAGCAACUACUUCCUUUUCAGCAGAGGUGAGGUCGCGCUUUGGGAGGAAAAUAGCUGACAAUCAUUUGUGGAUGUCAGUCUUCGGCAAACCGUGCAGUAGUACAUUCACGCGUGUGCAAAGAGCGUCUUGUUGUCUUUCAAUUCUCUUCAGUGCAAUGAUAGCCAAUGCCAUGUUCUAUAAUAUUGAUGGGGAAUCAGCGGGAGCAAUACAAAUUGGACCUUUCAAGUUUUCCUGGAGACAAAUAGUGAUUGGAGUACAGAGUGCUAUAAUAGUUGCACCUGUAAAUAUACUUAUAGUGUUUCUGUUUAAGUCUAGUAGAAAAAAGAAGAGGAAAGAGGACAAAUAUAAGGAAUCCUUUCAAACAGAACAACUCGUCGAUGAAAUAAAUGGUCAAGGCUGUAUCCUGCCAUAUUUCUGUGUAUACAUCGCAUGGUUUCUCUGCUUUGUCACCACUAUGACAGCAGCAACAUUUACGUUAUUUUACAGUUUGAUGUGGGGUAAGGAAGUCGCUGAGCAGUGGCUGGCGUCCAUUCUUAUUUCCAAUGGACAAGACGUUUUUGUUAUGCAACCAACAAAGGUCAUGUUAGCAGUUCUUUUAGUUUCCUUUCUUUUGAGUAGAAACAAAGAGGAUGGUGGGGAAGAGGGAGAUGUCAAAGAGGGUAAACUCCAAGACAAUGACUUAGAUUUCCUCAGUGAUAAUCCUAAACAACGCUUUAAACAGAGCCUCAUGGAGAAAAUGCGCAUACGGAGUAGGAGAGAGGCUCAACUGGCACUCAAAACAAGGGAAAUUGUCCUGCAUUUGGUAUUUGUGUUUCUGCUGUCGGUCGUCUGCUAUGGCAACAAGAAUGAGAAUCGUUUCUUGAUGACAACAGAGAUGAAAAAUACUUUCACAAGCUUUGAUCUGGUUACUGACUCUCAGCGACUGUGGGGAUGGCUUAGAAAGCAGUUUCUGCCAAACGUAUACAACCAAGACUGGUAUAAUGGCCUUGAAGAGCAAAAUGAUGUUUACAUUGCUAAUAAGAUGUCUAUUUUGAUUGGCAUGCCUUGGAUGCGACAGUUAAGAAUUCACAAAAGUCGUUGUGAAUCACAUCCUGAAACUAUACCAGACUGCUACUACGACUACUAUCCAGAGAUAGAGGACACAACAGAGUGGAGUCUUCCAGGUUGGCAGCCUCUUCCCUACAAUACAUCCUGGCCAAAGGCACUUCGAAUUUGUCCAAAACCCUGGCGUUAUCAGACAGCUCAAACGCUAGACACUUAUCCUGUGAAAGCCGUGUACAACACUUAUGAUGGAGGUGGAUUCGUAGCCGUUUUGGGAUAUGAUGAGCAUACAGCAAAUCGUAGCUUAGGUGAGACUUUUGGCAACGGGUGGCUUGAUCGAAAAACUCGUGCUGUAAUCCUGCAAUUGGCGGCGUUUAACAUCAAUACGAACCUUAUUAGCAUUGUCACAUUUAUCUACGAGAUGAUCGCGGCUGGUGCAGCCUACACAGUAAUGAGAGUUGAUACCCUCGAGUUGUACAGUACGGAGUCGGGAGCUCUCAUGUUUUAUCUCAUUUGUCAGUUUUCAUUCUUGGCAAUGGUGCUAUUUUACCUUGUCAUUAUGUUGUUUCACCUUUACCGACAACGGAUGGAAUUUUUCAAGUCUGUCUGGAAUAUGGUUGAUUUCUUGAUGAUCAUCUCUUCUGCAACGUCUGUAGCGUGCUACAUGAUGAGAUCCAAGAAAAUCUUAAACAGCAUCAAUGCAAUUCAGAAAAAUCCGUUCGAAAUAAUUCAUUUUCAUUCUGCUCUAAAUUGGGCCAGCUGGGAAAAUUCUUCAAUCGCUCUCGCGAUUUUUAUGGUUACUGUGAAGCUUUUAAAUCUUAUUCGCUUUAAUCCAUAUGUCAUAUAUUUGUUUUCAUCUUUCCGCCGGUCUGUGGGCUACCAGCUGUCCUAUUUUGUUUUCUUUGUCAUAGUAUUUAACGCGUUUGUUAUUUCAGGAAUGGUGCUUUUUGGAGGCGUAGUUUAUCAUUACUCUAGUUAUCUGCACGCUGUCAUAUCGCAAUUUGAAUUUCUGUUGGGAAAAGCAGUCCCAAUGGCUGAUCUUCGCAAAGAUAAACCUUUUAUCGGGCCAACGUUCGUUCUUAUGUUCAUGUUAAUGAUGACGGUAUUUCUUAUGAAUAUGUUGGUGUCUGUCCUGAACGAAUCCUACACUGACGCUAAGGAUAACGCAGAAGAAAGUUCAGAAGAGCUUGAAAUGGCGCGCUUCAUCGUGGAACGUUUUAUGGACUUAUUCCAAGAAGGAAAAAGGCGACCUGAGUUUAAAUUAUUUUGUGACGAAACAACUUUUGUUAACAUGUGUCGCUCAGACGCAGAACCAUUCUGUGUAAAUUCUCAAAGUAUACUUCAGUGCACAGAGGAACGGUUAGAGAACUUAGAUAAAAGAAUAAGCGCACUCAUCAGACGCACGGACAACAUCGACGGUGAUGACCAAAAAGAGGAAGAAGAGUUUCUCUCUCUCCUCAACUCAAUAAUCCUUUCUUAUUGAUAUUAAGAUGGCUUCUGUUUUCAUUUUGUUCCGAGUUUGACACGAACUUACCUUGUGAAUUAUCGAUUCUUCAUUGCUUCGUUACUACUACUUUGAUGGUGUAUAGGAUUCUCUCCCUUAAAGUUGGCCUUUAACAUUUCUGUCAUUACAAAGAUGCGAUGGAGUCCAAACCAACUCGUUAACCUUUUACUACCGAGCAUCAGUAUGCACACUCUCCAUACUUUUCUCUACAAAGUGCUGACAAAGAGAAGUUUUUAAUAAAA